GUUCUGCAGAAGCCAAGAGCACGUCGUGUUAGAUCUAAAUGAAGCUUUUGUGCAGCUUUGCAUCGUUGCUCUUGCUGGUCGGGGCUCAUCCGGUAUCGUCGUUUACUAUCGACGCUAGUGCCGAAGUCGCCGCUGCGAGACCCGACGUUGAGGUGGAAUUUGAUCUGGAUCCAGAGUCCAAAGCGCAAUGGGGCGCGUACACUGGAUCCCGCUCAGAUCGUCCGGUUCUUGAAGGUCGAUCAGGAUCUAUGGGCGUGAAUAUCCGUCCACUGGGGAGUGCCAAGGUCAAGCCUUUAGCUCCCAUGUCGACGGUACUGCAGCCCGAAGGUUUCAACUUUGGACGUGGCACGGCAUACAUAACAACGGAGAACGUGGAAGUAGGCAGUGUAUUAUUAUCAUUGCCAAUGAGUCAGGUGAUGAGUGUGGAAUCGGCUGCAAGAGGGAGAGUGGGGCUACUAUUGGAGGUGAAUCCAGACCUACCUUCAGCCAUCGCAUUGGGACUACACUUACUGGAAGAACGAGCUCUAGGAGCGGCUUCCAACUUCUCCGACUUUGUAGCUACAUUACCAACGAUCGAAGCAAUCAACAGCACCUUGUUCUACUCGGAAGACGAGAUGAAGGGGCUGGAAGGGUCGCAGCUACAGCGAUUCACACUCGGUAGAGCUCAAGCCGUCGACGCCUUCUACGACGCUCUCGUGCAACCCGUCACAUCACGCGAAGCUGUAGACCCACCCAUCUUCCAUAAGAGCGAGUUUACACUGGAUAAAUUCCGCUGGGCGAUGGGUGUUGUGUGGUCGUCCACCUUCCAGUUCGGAGAAAACGAGGACGACGUUAUUCUAGCUCCUGUUCUAAAUACUAUUGGAAUCUGUACCGAUCUAAAUCAAGAAGGCAACGAGGCGUGUCCUGAGACAAGCAUUAAAGUGGAUACCGACACCCAGAGACUAACUGUGUACGCUUCAGUGGCUUAUUCAAAGGGCCAAGAAGUGCGUCUCUCAAUGCCUGGCAAGUCCUCGACCCAGCUCAUGCUAAGCCACGGCUUUGCGAGAGCUCGAGCUUCCAAGCUGGACAAAUUGGACCUCACUGUAACAUUGGACAGCAGCGAUACUUUAGCUCCUUUAAAAAACUACUUGCUGCAGACACAACUGAACGAAAGCAUCAAUGCGACGUAUGAGUUCUUCUAUGGCAGCUCCAAGAUCGACGAGUACGUCUCGACUUCUUUGAGAAUGAAACUCUUGUCUGGUGGCGAGCUCGCGCGGUACAAAGAGCUGCUAACUCCAACAGAGGGGGAGGAGCAUCGACCCAUUGUGAGUCUACGGAAUGAGUUCGUCUUCACGCGUGCUGUCAUCUCCACGUGCACGACGCUGUUAAAACAGUACCCGACAAGCAUCGAACAAGACCAAGAAAAUCUCGCUAAAUUAUCCGAUAAAGACGACGUCGAAAGUGUCCGCAUAGCGCAUGUCCAACGCAUCUUGAUCAUGGAGAAGCAGAUUCUAAACGAGACGAUGGAACUUGCGUUGGACCAGUGGCAGAGCCUCCUCUACUCGUCACACCCAAAUCUACUCGAAGUCUAA